AUGAAUUCUAGUGAAUCAGAAGACCAAGAUGUUAAUAUUGAAGAAGAAGAAUUGAGCAAGCCAAUCAUACUUGCAUAGGCUACCAAAGGAAUGGAAAUUCAAGUACUUAUUAAUUAUAUCUAUGUAAAACAGGAAAAUUCAGAUCCAUUCAAUGGAACCUUUGUGUUUUUUGAUGAAGAUCACACACUCGGAAAUUCCUUACGUUACAUUUUAGCAAAUUAACCAAACGUUGAAUUUUGUGGAUACAGUUUACCUCAUCCCAGCGAAAAUAAGAUGAAUAUGAGAUUGUAGACAGUAAAUGAGACAAAAGAGAAAGUCAUGAAUGAUGGAUUAAAAUGCUUAUCACAAAUUUGCGACAUAAUUGAAGAUAAAUUCAAACAAGCUUUGGAAAAGAAAUGA